AUGAAAUGGACCGAUGCUAAGGGGCCCAUGGGUGUCAAUCGUGACCAAGUCGUACUCGAAUGGUUGAAACAGCCAGGCAAUUAUGAAAGAUUUGUAGCCGCUGGUGGUUAUGCCAAGCGAUUGGGUCGAGCAGACGAGACCAAGCAUGACGUUGCAGGGUUGGUGUGCACUUCGUUGCAGAACGCUGGAUUCGAGGGUAUUAGCGAGCAUGCUGUGGCCAUCAAGUUGUCUAUCAUGGUCAAGCGCUUUAAGCGUGCACAUGCACUGGCAACAACAGGUGGUCGACGAAAAACAAUCUUACGUGCCUUUCCUCACUACUAUGAGUUGGUGGAUCAUAUUCGAGAUGCGGCUUGCGAUGACGAACGUCAAGGUACAGAUCUUAUUUGCAAAAUCCAGAGACACAACAUCAUCCAAGGCGAUCGACUCCGGCAUAAUCGAAUGACCAGGAUGGCGGAUCAUGGAGACAACCUUAUAGUCCAAGAAGCUCAUCAAUCACAAUCAACACGUACAACCACAGUGCAUCUUCAAAAUGGUCCUGAGAUGGUUGAAUCCUUUCAUCAUCGUCAGCUUUAUCAAAUGAUGAAUCAGUUACUGCAACAACAGCAGCAAAUCCUGGACCAACAAUCACGCCGAGACCGCCUUCAAGAGCUCGAGUUGCAUGUAUCAUUGAUCCAACGCAUGACGGAGGCAGGAUUCACAAAGGAGGAGAUCGGAGAGCAACUUCAAAAGUUCCAACAAUAG